AGCAGCGCAAAGAGCCGAAAAGCCCCCACCUCCCCUUUUUCUCCUCUCUCUCUCUAUCUGUGCUGGGCUAAACUGACAGCGGAGGAGCUGAGGGGCAAAAAGAAUAGAAAACCCAACCCUGUGCCCAAGUUCUCUGCCUUUUGGGCCGCCCCCUUUUCCUCGAAAGGAGAUGUUCUCUGGUGUGAUCCACCGCCCGGAAGCUUCGGUUUCCCAGGAGGAGGCCCACGGCCCGAGGCUCGUCCUCACGGCGGACCCCAAGCCACGGCUCCGAUGGACGGCCGACCUCCACGAGCGGUUCGUCGACGCUGUCGCCCAGCUCGGAGGGCCAGAAAAAGCAACACCAAAAACUAUCAUGCGAACAAUGGGUGUGAAGGGACUUACUCUUUUCCACCUGAAGAGUCAUCUUCAGAAAUACAGAUUAGGCAAGCAGUCCGGCAAAGAAAUGACUGAUCCAUCCAAAGAUGCUUCAUACCCUUCAGAAGCCCUGAGUAACAGUGGUUUAUCUCCAAGAGUGCCAACUCCUGAUGUGAACGAGGGUCAGGAAGUCAAAGAGGCGCUAAGAGCACAAAUGGAAGUACAGCGAAGACUGCAUGAACAAGUGGAGGUCCAGAAGCAUGUGCAGAUCCGAAUGGAAGCCUACCAAAAAUACAUUGAUUCCUUAUUAGAGAAGGCAUGUAAGAUAGCCUCAGAGCAAAUUGCAUCAAGUGGCCUCAAUGCAACUGGGCAUGACCCCCCAGACCUGGCAACUGGGAUCAUAUGCUCCCCAUUUGAUCCACUGAGCCCAUCGGUGUUUCACCAGUUAUCUGUGGGAGCAAUUAGUUUGCACAGCCCUGGAGGCAAGACAUCCCCCUCUUCGGCUAUCGAAGGAUGUCUCUUUUACCAGAAGGCCCCCGAAGUGAAACGCAAGCCAUUGAAUGCAGAGACUAAUAUGUAUCAACCAAAACCUAUCUCCAAUUUAGGCUCAGCUCACAGCAACCCACUAGCUUGUGACCAGCCAAUAGAAUUAACUGGCAACAAUAUAGGCCCAUGCAGUGGAGGGACCAACCAGAAUAACCCUAAUUUGGCCUCAAGGCAGCGUUUGCGAUGGACACAUGGACUUCAUCAACGUUUUGUUGAUGCUGUAACUCAACUUGGUGGACCUGAGAGAGCAACUCCUAAAGGUGUACUCAAAACAAUGGGUGUAACAGGGUUAACCAUAUAUCAUGUCAAAAGUCACUUGCAGAAAUAUCGGCUUGCAAAAUAUAUUCCUGAGUCUUCAUCUGAUGGUAGGUUUUCAGGUACAACGGCUGCAAAGAAAGAUUCUGGGGACCUACUUUCAGGCCUUGAAAGCUCCUCAGGGAUGCAAAUUACUGAAGCACUUAAGUUGCAGAUGGAGGUGCAAAAACGGCUCCAUGAACAACUAGAGGUACAAAGGCAGCUGCAGCUGAGGAUAGAAGCCCAAGGAAAAUAUCUGAAGAAGAUCGUCGAAGAGCAACAGCGGCUUAGUGGCGUGCUGGCAGAAACACCGGGAGCGGGCUUUCCUGCCCUGAUCUCGGGCAACCAGUGCCUUGACUCCGACAAGACCGACCCCUCAACCCCUGCUCCAACCUCAGAAUCCCCACUCCAAGACAAGGCUGCUAGUGGGGAACAUGGAGGCAGUGGUGGGCUCUUCAAGAGCCUCUCCCAUGAUGAUUCCUUCUUGUCCCGCCAUGAGCCUCUGACUCCUGACUCCAGCUGCCGUGCCAGCUCUCCUUCUGAGAGCCCGAAGCAUGAGAGGUCUACCAAGAGGCAGCGUGGCCCAGGGAAUGUGAAGACUGAGCUGGUGUUUGCUCAUCAUAUACUUGAGUCAAGUUCAGGCUCAGAUUUCCAGCAGCCAUGCUCAAUUUUCCCAACUCGUGGAGGGCCUUUUGAUUCCUCGGGCACUUCACUCUGUGAUGAUGAUAGAUUGGAGAAUGGCUCGGGAAGUGACGUAUGAUUAAACUAAUGCAGUGCUUGUUCUUAGAUGGUGAGUUUUUAGUCUUCCCUGAGAAAUGUUGUCUGGAAGGGUUAGGUAUUAUGAUUAUAUUAUGAUGACAAUGUGAUAUUUACGCCUGUAACAUUUUCCCAUUUCAUUAGAUCUCCAUUUCUUGAGA